AUGAUAACUCUUAAGCGUCUUUAUAUCACAUCACAUAACAAUCAGCAACCACCGAUAUAUGUAGUACUUGGCUGUGGUGCACUUUCAUCAUUUACGGGUCAAUUAGUUACGUAUCCAAUCGCUUUAAUGCGUACACGUCGACAAGGUCAAAUUGUACCAUUACCAAAUAUGGAUCAAAGUAAAGCUCAUCCAAUGAUGCCAGCUAAACAAAUGUUAAAAGAAAUAUGGCAUAACGAAGGAGUGGUUGGCUUUUAUCGUGGUCUUGUACCGAAUAUGUUAAAAGUUAUUCCAUCUGUUUCAAUAUCUUAUGUAGUUUAUGAAACUGUUAUAAAAGCUAUUUCGUGA